GUUUGUUUUAUUUAACGUUGUAUGGUUGCGGCUGGAAACUGACGGUGGAUAGGUUGGAGUUGACGGUACACGCGUGUUGCAGCAGAGAGCGUUGAAGCAGCGGCGAAGGAGCGUCAGGACAAAUUAAUAGAUUCUAAAAGGACAAAUUAGGGACGGUUCUUGAGUUGAAGUAAGUGGACAUAAUGGACGAUUCUUCGGAUGAUGGGAUGGAGUGGUCAGUCCUUAAGAUGCUACUAAAUUCACUGACACUACAGAAACAAAAGAAAGUACUGAGUGAUGAUCGUGUCCGACCUGUGUUGGAUGUUAAUGAGACUCAAAGCCUUGAUGACAUCAGACUGAAUCCAGCCAAAGAACUCACAGCAGCGAGAGGUAUUAUCGGUUCAAAUAACUCUCUUCCGAACUUUGACAUUAAGAAAGACUCCAGUGACCCCCAUCAGAACACAGUUUCCCAGAAUGCCCUGCUGUUAGCACCACAAAGACGCUGCCAAUCCAUUGGUCUCCGGCCAGACUUCACUCUAGACAGAAACGACCCCCAUCAGAACACAGUUACCCAGAAUGCCCUGCAGUUAGCACCACAAAGACUCUGCAGAUCCAUUGAACUCCCACCAUGGCUCAACAUGAAGAAAGACUCCAGUGACCCCCAUCAGAACACCGUUACCCAGAAUGCCCUGCUGUUAGCACUGCAAAGACGCUGCCAAUCCAUGGAUCCCCAGAUAAACUUCAGACGCUGCCAAUCCAUGGAUCGCCCGAUAUUCUUCAACAGAAACAACCCCCAUCAGAACACCGUUACCCAGAAUGCCCUGCAGUUAGCACCACAAACUCUAGACAGAAACGACACCUCUGACUCCAGUUAGUUGAUCAUCCAACGAUUUAAACUACAGCGAUUAUGAAUUAUAGUUUAUUUCUGUGUGUUUACAUGAUCUUACACAGAUUAUUCUUCAUAAAUCAAUAAUGCACAAGUUUAUAUAAACACUAUAAACUGUGUUAUUAUCAGGGAAAGGUCAUAAAUGUUCAUAAAAUCAUUCUGACGGCGUAUUGAAUGUGUGCAUGUUUAUGUUUUAACAUCAAAAUGAGAGAAAACCCCAAUCUCAUGUAAACACAAUUUUACUGUCAGAUUUUUAGAAUGAGCUGAUUUAUAUUUUCAUGUCUUCAGUGUUUAAUGUGCCUAUAUAUAUUGUUACUUUAUUAAUCCCAAUGCAUUAACUAAUUUUAACAAGUAUUAACAUAUAAGCUAUGCACUUUAUAUAAAACAUUAUAUUUUUAUCACUGCAUGUAUUAUAUAUCCAUUACUUUUAUACUGAAAGUUCUCCUUUACAACACUAAAUGUGUCAAUGUGUAAAUACAUUUGUUUGUGUUAUAGGACAAACAAACAUUCAUUUUCAUGAGCAGUCCGUUUGAUUCUCAUGUACUUGUAAAACUAAAACUCUUUCUACAUUUACUUUCAUACAAUUAUCAUUUAAGCUGUUUUGUGGAUCAGGAAUAUACCAUCCCAAAAAUGUAACCUAAACAUUUAUGUUCAUUUUCUAAUAAUUAUUUCCUCAUUGAUGUCAUUGUUUUGGCAAUAACAAAAACAAAAUGACUCACAGGAAAUGGUUCAUUUCAUUGAGAACUACAGAACUAGACCGACAUGCUGCCCUGUGUGUGUUUAUGUUUGUGUGUUUUUGUUUAAUGCAAUUUUACUUUGAUGCUUCGUCCGUUUCUCGCCUUGUCCUUUCCAUUUUACCCCGUUACAGAUUUACAUGUUCAUGGUGCUGCCUUCAGUGUUUAAUCUGUCCAUAUACACUCACCUAAAGGAUUAUUAGGAACACCAUACUAAUACUGUGUUUGACCCCCUUUCGCCUUCAGAACUCCCUUAAUUCUACGUGGCAUUGAUUCAGCAAGGUGCUGAAAGCAUUCUUUAGAAAUGUUGGCCCAUAUUGAUAGGAUAGCAUCUUGCAGUUGAUGGAGAUUUGUGGGAUACACAUCCAGGGCACGAAGCUCCCGUUCCACCACAUCCCAAAGAUGCUCUAUUGGGUUGAGAUCUGGUGACUGUGGGGGCCAUUUUAGUACAGUGAACUCAUUGUCAUGUUCAAGAAACCAAUUUGAAAUGAUUCGAGCUUUGUGACAUGGUGCAUUAUCCUGCUGGAAGUAGCCAUCAGAGGAUGGGUACAUGGUGGCCAUAAAGGGAUGGACAUGGUCAGAAACAAUGCUCAGGUAGGCCAUGGCAUUUAAACAAUGCCCAAUUGGCACUAAGGGGCCUGAAGUGUGCCAAGAAAACAUCCCCCACACCAUUACACCACCACCACCAGCCUGCACAGUGGUAACAAGGCAUGAUGGAUCCAUGUUCUCAUUCUGUUUACGCCAAAUUCUGACUCUACCAUCUGAAUGUCUCAACAGAAAUCAAGACUCAUCAGACCAGGCAACAUUUUUCCAGUCUUCAACUGUCCAAUUUUGGUGAGCUCUUGCAAAUUGUAGCCUCUUUUUCCUAUUUGUAGUGGAGAUGAGUGGUACCCGGUGGGGUCUUCUGCUGUUGUAGCCCAUCCGCCUCAAGGUUGUGCGUGUUGUGGCUUCACAAAUGCUUUGCUGCAUACCUCGGUUGUAACGAGUGGUUAUUUCAGGCAAAGUUGCUCUUCUAUCAGCUUGAAUCAGUUGGCCCAUUCUCCUCUGACCUCUAGCAUCAACAAGGCAUUUUCGCCCACAGGACUGCCGCAUACUGGAUGUUUUUCCCUUUUCACACCAUUCUUUGUAAACCCUAGAAAUGGUUGUGCGUGAAAAUCCCAGUAACUGAGCAGAUUGUGAAAUACUCAGACCGGCCCGUCUAGCACCAACAACCAUGCCACGCUCAAAAUUGCUUAAAUCACCUUUCUUUCCCAUUCUGACAUUCAGUUUGGAGUUCAGGAGAUUGUCUUGACCAGGACCACACCCCUAAAUGCAUUGAAGCAACUGCCAUGUGAUUGGUUGAUUAGAUAAUUGCAUUAAUGCGAAAUUGAACAGGUGUUCCUAAUAAUCCUUUAGGUGAGUGUAUAUUGUUACUUUAUGAAUCCCAAUGCAUUAACUAAUGUUAACAAGUAUUAACAUAUAAUAAAUGCACUUUAUAUAAAACAUUAUAUUUUUAUCACUGCAUGUAUUAUAUAUCCAUUACUUUUAUACUGAAAGUUCUCCUUUACAACACUAAAUGUGUCAAUGUGUAAAUAUGUGUUUGUGUUGUGAUGUCACUGAAACUAUCAUCAUCACAUUAUCUGCAACAUCUCAGUGUAACUGCUGUUAUUAGUGUGAGAUUAAACUCCAGU